AUGCUCAGGUUUGUGAGACUUUGUUCCAUGGCUCCUCUGUUUCUGCUUCUUGGUCUUCUUCUUCUAGCUUUGGCUGGUCAUGACUAUGGACAAGCUCUCACUAAAAGCAUUCUCUUCUUCGAAGCUCAGAGAUUUGGUUACCUUCAAAGGCUAGAGGACAUGACCACUUCAAGGCAAGUUUACAAGAUCGACCCGAACAACCCCGGGUCGGACCUCGCCGGCGAGACGACCGCCGCUAUGGCAGCCGCCUCUGUUGUCUUCCGCCACCACAACCCCUCCUAUGCCAAUGAGCUCCUGACCCACGCUGCUCCAAGACCCAUCAGCUUCUCGAUCCCUCCACCGUGCACGGCGUCACCAAGUUUUUCGAUCUCUCUCCGGUGGAGUUCCGCCGCCAUUAUCUCGGCCUCAAGCAGCGCCACGAUCCACAUGAACCUUGAUCUUUAACGCCAGUGACGGUGCCGUAAUCGGGCCAGUUGAA